AGUUCUGUCCAUUCAUGAUGGAAGAUUAUGUUUCCAUGACUAACAUAACUCCCACACUUGCUACCAACAUACUCUUGCGUGAGUUGAACAUACUUUUGGUUCAAUUUAACAAGAGUAUAAACGAGUUUGAUUUGCCCCAAAUGACAAGAGGAAAUGAAUCAAGUUCAGGAAUGACCGGAUGUAUUGAAGAUGAAAUAUCCAUAUGUAUUCCACAACAAGAUCUUGAUGCAAUUGAACGCUUAAAUGAUGACCAAAAAAGUGCGUUUAACAUAAUAAUGGGUGCAAUUCAACAUCAUAAUGCAACUUUUUUUGUGGAUGGUCCCGGUGGAACUGGAAAAACUUACUUAUAUCGCGCAUUGUUAGCAAGCUUGAGAAGGUUGGGGCACAUAGUAUUAGCAACAACAUCAUCUGGAAUAGCAGCUACGAUAUUGCCUGGUGGGAGGACAGUACAUUCUAAAUUCAAGAUACCACUUAGUCUCGAUGCAUCAUCGAUGUGUUCGAUCGGUAAACAAUCUGAUUUAGCAAAGCUAAUACAAAAGGCAAAGGCAAUUAUUUGGGAUGAAGCAACAAUGACGCAUCGUCAUGCAUUUGAAGCACUCGAUCGAACGUUCAGAGACUUAACAGAUAUUGACUUACCAUUUGGGGGGAAGAUAAUGAUAUUUGGGGGAGAUUUUCGACAAGUUCUUCCUGUUAUCCGGAAAGGAACCAAGUCCGAACUAAUCCAAGCAAGUGUUGUUAAGGCAUCAUUUUGGUCACAAGUAAAGAUUUUAAAACUCAAACAAAACAUGAGAUCCAUAAAUGAUUGUGAAUUUUCAGAAUUUUUACUUCGUGUUGGUGAUGGGAAUGAAGAUGUUAUUAUGGAUGAUAUGGUAAAACUACCUGAAUGCAUGGUGAUACCAUGGGAGAGUGAGCAUUCCAUUAAUCAAUUAAUUGCCAAAAUCUUCCCUGACUUAGAGGAUCAUAUAAAUGAUGCAACCUACAUGGUGGAAAGGGCAGUGGUAACUCCUACAAAUGAAGACGUUGAUAUGUUGAAUGAAAAGAUAAUCAAUAUGUUUCCGGGUUUAGAAGAGACAAUGUAUUCAUUUGAUUCAGUUGAGGAUGACGCAAGGAAUUUGUAUCAGCCAGAGUUCUUGAAUUCAAUCUCACUUGGUGGUUUGCCUCCGCACAAGUUAACUCUGAAAAGAGAGUUUUCUUACCAAGAAUCCCUCUCAAAAGUACUGAUACUGCUGGGCUUCCAUUUGAACUUACAAGAAAGCAAUUUCCAGUGAAACUAAGUUUCUCUAUCACUAUAAACAAAUCUCAAGGUCAGACAAUACCACAUGUAGGCGUUUACCUUCCAGAUCAUGUCUUCAGCCAUGGACAAUUAUAUGUGGCUUUAUCGAGGGGGGUCUCAAAGUCAACCACAACCGUGUUAGUAAAAAGUGGCUCCAUAGUAGGCCAACAAGGUGUAUUUACACGGAAUGUAGUAUACAAAGAAGUCUUGCUUCAUUCCAGCUAAUUAUGGUGAUUCCUAAUAGGUAACAGCUUUA